AUGGCCUCUUCGCAGUCCACGGAGGACGUUAUCGGCUUAGCCGAGUCCAUGAUGCUCAACAACAACUUAGCAGCCGCGGCUUUUGCUGUGCUAUGGUUCGACUACACGCUCACCUUUGAGAGGGAGGUCGAGCACUUUUGGAAAACGGCGAAAUUUAACGCGGUUGCCGUUCUCUUCGUCAUCAACCGUUAUAUCGGCCUGUUAGGUCCCAUCCCCGUUCUCUUUGAGUAUUUUGUGGCUUUGCCCCCCGAUACGUAUGUGUUCAAUGCACUCAAACCCCGUCCCGCCACUGAGCUCAGAUGGUCAUCGGUCGUGGGUCUCUCCGUUCUCGAGCGCCUCCUUCUGAAACUCAGACCCUCUCAAGUGGUCCUCAUCCUGCGUACUAUCGCCCUGUAUCAUCGCAAUCGCAAAGUCAUGAUUGGCUUGUGGUCAGAAGCGGCUGUUUUGGUUGUCGUUACACUUGUCACCAACUUGUACAAGCCCAAGUUAACUGCCGCUGAGGCUCCGUCCGGUAUCGGCAUUGGCUGCAAUCUGUCCUUGACGGAGGCACAAGGCAUACGCGGCGUCGUUGGAUGGCUCUCCAUGUUCAUAUUGGACACGACCACGUUUUUGAUGAUGCUGUUCCGGGAUGGCGCUUUCUAUUUUUUGGUCAUCGCUGUCUCGCUUCUCAUCAAUGUUGUAACAUUCCUCGUAGGUGUCCUCUCCGAACUCUCCGUCUUCGCCCCGUCGCUUACAAGCGAAUCCCGCAUAACAGGCACCCUCAGCUUCAGGAUCUAA